GCAGCAAAAAUAAAAUAUUAACACAAAAAAAAGUGAUUUUGCAAACAAAUUUAUAUCAAACAAUUAUAAUUAUAAAAAGCACGCGCUUGUGUACGCGUAGAACUUGUAAGAAAAACAGAAGUGUCGAAAAUUCAUUCAUAAAAUCAACGCUGAGCGCGGCGCUCUUUACGCACCUAGCAAGCGCUCUCAGCAGCGCUCAUUUUCGAGCAAACUAAAAACGCAAACAAACAACGCUCCCACUCAGAAAUUCUCCACGCCCUUGACUUACGAAGAUGCAGACCUCACAACUGGUCACACCAGGUGCGGCGGCAGGAACGACGCCAAAUACUAACCAUCAUCACCUAAACAACAACAACAAUAAUAGCUAUCAUUACAAUCCACAUUUCCACAACACAAGCCACAGCAGUAACAACAACAAUCACCAUACUAUGAGUUAUACACCACACGAGCAAACCAACACAUUCAACAAUACUCAACCAACUCACCACCACCACAAUUCCGCCACAGCCACGAACACCACCACAACGAAUAGCAACACACCAAUAGCAGCGCACAAGUAUGCGCCUGCACGUAGGCUAGCCGCACGUCAGACGCUACGCUUGCAAAUACCCAAACAACAGGGUGACUCGUGUGGUGCGCCUUCAACAUAUUACAAACAUUCACCAUCACAGCUGCCGCCUGCGCCAAUACUGAAACGCCAUCAAACGCCGACACCAACAUCGGCCACACAUCAAUACCACUCGUCAGCGAAUGCGUUCCCGAAAUCCGCUUCGCCGCUGGAGUCGCAUAAACUGCCGAAUGUGGUGUGCAGCAGCGCCUCACCGUCAUCGCAGUUGUCUUCCGGCUCCUCGCUGUACUACAAUGGCAGCAAUGGUGGCCUGUCGAUACAGACAGCCACCGCCACACCAUCGUGUGGCACAAACAAGUUUCUUCACUUACGUAAACCGAGUAUUACCUUGAAUACGGCGGAUGUGCGCAAUAAUAACGGCAAUAGCACUGGCAGUAUUGGUAGCUGUGGCAGUGAUUUAUUUAGCUUCGCUAAGGAACUGUCGCCUUCGAUGGACAUGAGUGAUCACUCACCGAUUUUUGCCGAAAUCGCCUCAUCAAUAUCACCUUCAACAAGUUCUGGGUGUUCUCCAACACAUCAUAUUAAUCGGCUCUUCAGUUUAAGUCCAUCAACCAUACGGAGUUAUGGCAAUUCAUUAAUCGCUCUCGCCUAA